AUUUAUACGGGGAAACAAAAUAGCCCCUUAUAACGCUUACAUUUGGAAUUCGUUAAAAUCAACUUAAAAAACCAGUAGAAAUAUUAUCACGGAGUAGUUCCCAAUGGUCGUCCUGGUGUUGUCAUCCCACAUCCCCAUUGGAUCAAGAAUAAGAAAUAUAUCAAAUUUGCAGUCUCCAGCUGACUUGGAGAUCAGGAAACGGUCUCCAUUUGGCUUUACCAAAGAUUUGGUGUGGAACGCGGGGGCCAUUGCCAUUGAGUGAGAGGAAAAUGGCAGGGGCGGCAGCAGCACCAGAUGCUGUCGAAAUAUGGAAAAUGUCAAAGAAGGUAUGGAGGUUGGGAUCCAUUUAUUUCAGGUCUGACCAAAAGCUCAGAGCUUACCUACUCCUCUCAUCUGUUCUCACUCUCUGCGGACUAAAUUCAGGUAUCUAUGUCAUUUUGUCUUACAUACAAAGAGACUUUUCCACAGCACUAUCCAAUAAAGAUGUGACAGGUUUCCAUCGUGCAACUUGGCAAUUUAUUGGCAUCGUGAUUGUAGCAACUCCUUUGUAUGCUUUCCAUGAUUACUUGCAGGAUCUCCUUUGCAUUGAAUGGCGCAUAUGGUUAACAGAUUUUCUCCUCUCUAACUAUUUUGUAAAUAGGGCAUAUUUUGAUCUGAAAAUGGAAGGAAAGCUUGAUAAUCCUGAUCAAAGGAUAUGUGAAGAUGUGGCAAGCUUUGUGAGAAAUGCUGUUGAUAUCAUAUCAUUGACGUCAAGCAAAGUGAUCAAUAUCUUUGCAUUUACAGGUGUACUAUGGUCUAUUGCACCAGAACUGGUUUAUUUUCUUCUGCUCUAUUCAGUUAUUGGCACUUUUUCUACGAUCUGGAUCUUUGGACAAAAGAUAAUGUUUUUGAAGCUACAGGGCUUACAAAAGGAGGCAGACUUCAGGUAUUCGUUGGUUAGAAUACGAGAUAAUGCAGAGUCCAUUGCUUUCUACAGGGGUGAAGAACACGAGUCCAUUUCAAUUAAGGGUUUUUUUUCAGCCUUGGUGAAAAAUGCAAGAGAGCUUAUAAUUUGGAACAGGCAUCUUGCUCUCUUCAGCAAUGCCUAUGAUUUUUCCGUGCUUAUUAUUCCAAGUUUAAUAAUUGCCCCAAGGUUCUUUAGAGGAGAGGUAGAGUUUGGGGUUGUAACUCAAUCUGGUAUGGCAUUCAAAAGAAUUUUGCAAGCUUUGUCUGUCAUUAUAUUAAAAUUUGAUCGUUUCAGUGGUCUUGCAGCACAAACAGAGCGGUUAGAUGCACUUCAUAGAGCUCUGGGUAAUCACCUUGCUAAAUUUGAUCUUUACUCACAGAAUAAUUCAGAGAUACUGCGAGUAUCUUCUGAAUUAAAACCUCUAAUAGAGAAGAUUCCCACUGGUGUUAUAUCGCGAGAAGUGGGACGUGAUUUAGUUACCAUGGGACUAUGUGUAACAACUCCCAACUUAAAAACUUUACUUAUCAAGGAUUUGAGUUUCUCACUCACACAAGGAGAAUCAUUACUGAUUAUAGGCCCUUCAGGAUGUGGCAAAUCUUCCUUGUUACGAGCUAUAUCAGGACUUUGGAACAGGGGUGGAGGCAUGAUUCAAGGACCACCCCAAAAGGAAACCUUUUUCCUCCCACAAAAACCAUACAUGACACUUGGUACACUCAGGGAUCAAAUGCUCUUUCCAGUGUCCAAUAAGUGCUCUACAAAUCUUAGCAAUGAAAAGUUGUCAAUCUUCCUUAAUGAUGUUUCAUUGGCCGAUCUUCCUGGAAGAACAGGAGGCUUUGGUGUUUGUUGUGAUUGGGCAGACAUACUCAGUGCCGGGGAGCAACAGCGAUUAGCAUUUGCUAGGUUGCUCCUGCAUGAGCCAAAGAUGGCUUUCUUGGAUGAAGCUACUAGUGCUUUGGAUUUAGCAAAUGAGUCUCGGUUGUAUUCUAGCUUAGAGAGAAAGAUAAACACCUACAUAUCUGUUGGUCACAGGUUAUCACUUGUUAAGUUUCAUACUUAUGUUCUAGAAUUUGGUGAAAACUUUGAUUGGAAAAUAUAUUCUCGAACAGAAUUCGAAAAUUCAAGGAUGUAUUCUGUAGGCUGACACAGGAAGUUGUAGUUCCUAACAAAAUUUGACUAGAAAAGUUAAAAGGAGGUCACACCUUACAUGCCACUUGUGAGUGCACUGGUAAGGUACUCGACAAACUCUUUUUCCAUCACUAAAAAAUAAAAUUUGAAGGCAUCAGUUUUGGUACCUGAUGUAGUGAAAUAAUGAGAUAUUAAUCUUGCAUUUCCUGCCAAUUAGAUAUUUUUUCAUGUUUAA